GUCUCUUACAUCACUACUAGAAUCACGUUGUCGAAUGUGGGUUUGAAAAAAAGCUCGCACAUUUUAUUUAUAGUAUAUUUCGUGCUUAUAUUGUGACAAAAUUACGUUUUGAGUGGGUGUCAACAUUGUAAACACGAAUAACAUAGCAACAUGUCAUGGUUAUUGGGUAGAAAUCGUCAGCAACCGACGGACUUUAGUGGUGGAGCAGAUGGACCUGACAAACCAGAGGGUCAAACUGCCGGCGAACGUGGUAAUGACUCGCAACUUACGAAAGCGGAGCGCAAGGCCAUGGAGGCUUAUCGGUUCGAUUCCUCGGCUCUGGAACGUGCGGCGGACGCAGCGAAGACACUCGAGCGUUCAAGACAUGCACGGGAGGCACUGGAAUUGUCCAAAAUGCAGGAGAGCACGCGACAACAGGAGUAUGCCACCAAGGUAAAAGAAUAUGAGGCGCAUAUUGAGCAGGCCAAAGUGGAGCAGAAACGCAUUGAUCACGAGGAGCGGCGAAAGACGCUCAUUGAGGAGACCAAGCAGCAGCAGCAACGUGCACAAUACCAAGAUCAAUUGUCGCGAAAGCGUUAUGAAGAUCAGCUGGUGCAGCAACAGCGCGUGCAAGAGGAGAAUCUUCGCAAGCAGGAGGAGAGCGUGCAGCGUCAGGAAGCCAUGCGCCGUCAGACCAUUGAACAUGAAAUUGAGAUGAAGGAAAAAAAUCGUCUGAAGCUGCUUGAGCAUGAGCUGCGAGCCAAAGCUCGAGUGGAUCGUGAGAAUCGCGACAUCAAUCUUGAGAAGAUUCGCUUAAAGGCACAAGAGCAUCGUACCACAGUGCUGGAGGGUAUACGCACCGCUGGUUCAGUGAUUGGUGCCGGUGCGGAGGCGAUGUUGACCGACUGGGAUAAGGUCUUGACGGCUGCUGGUGGAUUGUCGCUGCUUGCACUGGGAGUGUACAGUGCGAAGGGUGCUACGGGCGUGGCAUCUCGUUACAUUGAAGCUCGCAUUGGCAAACCAACGCUUGUGGGUGAAACCUCGCGUUUUGCAUUUCUGGAUGCUAUAAAGCAUCCUGUGAAGUAUAUGAAACGAUUGCGAUCGAAGCCCGCGGAUGCCCUGCAAGGCGUUGUGCUGAAUCCGAAACUAGAAGAACGUUUGCGAGACAUCGCGAUCGCUACGAAAAACACGCGAAUAAAUCGCGGAUUCUAUCGUAACGUGCUAAUGCACGGACCACCUGGAACUGGUAAAACAAUGUUUGCCAAAAAGCUAGCCGAACACUCUGGCAUGGAUUUCGCUAUCAUGACCGGCGGUGAUGUGGCGCCCAUGGGCAAAGAAGGUGUCACAGCCAUACAUAAGGUAUUCGACUGGUCGAAUACCUCGAGGCGAGGCCUUCUGCUGUUUGUUGACGAAGCGGAUGCCUUUCUGCGCAAACGCUCGUCGGAGAGAAUUUCUGAAGAUUUGCGUGCUGCAUUGAAUGCUUUCUUGUAUAGAACUUCCGAACAGAAUCAAAAAUUUAUGCUUGUGCUGGCCUCGAAUACGCCUGAGCAGUUUGAUUAUGCAAUCAACGACCGUCUGGACGAGAUGGUGGAGUUUACGUUACCUGGUCUUGAGGAACGAGAACGCUUAUUGCGGCUCUAUUUUGAUAAAUAUGUUCUACAGCCAGCAGCUGCUGGAGCAAAACGCUUUAAGCUUGAUACCUUUGACUAUGGCAAGACAUGUGUAAAGAUGGCACAGAUGUGCGAGGGCAUGUCGGGUCGUGAAAUAUCUAAAUUGGGCGUCGCUUGGCAGGCUGCUGUAUACGCCUCGGAAGAUGGCACGUUGACAGAAAAAAUGGUUCUCGAUAGAUGUCGAGAUGCUGUACAGCAACACAAGCAAAAAAUGGCCUGGUUGUCGGAGCAAGAGCGUGCCGACCAUAAAUCAAUAAGUGGGGCUUCGGAAGCCUCUAAACCACCGCUAACACUAACUGCCGACAAACUGUGAGAUGGAUAAGCUGGAUCUGUCUGUUGACGAGCAUUCAAAAUUUGUUUAGUUUUAAAAGUGGACUAAGAUGUAGUGUAAAUCGCGAAUAGCUUUUACUGGUCAACGGAUCCUUCAUUGUGUAUAUACAUUGCGUAUGUCUACACAAGCAUUUAUUACUGUACAACGAGCAUUGCUGGGACUAGACAUACAAUUAAGUUUAACUUACUGAUAAUUGUAUUUUAACAAAGCAUUGCAUAUUAAUUCUUACUUGUACAAAGCACAAGAGGUGUUGCAACUGCAAGAUACGGCUUUGUAUAUAGUUUAAAAGUUAAUGUCCAUUGCUAAGGACAGCAAUUUUCAAUUGGUAACGCUGGCACUGUGAGAGAUUUAUAUUAAACUUCUCGCUAGCGUUACCAUAAAUUCUAAUUUGGCCAGUAAUUCCCACACAUUGAUUUAUAGAGAAAAAUAAAAACAUUGUUAAAUUA